CUAUUCAUUGGCUCAACUCUUGAAGCCACACUCCCAUGGCUUCGCCUUCACUUCUCACUCCUCCGCCGGUGCCGGUGGAGCUUUACGUCACCAAUAGACAAAAGCUACUUAAAUCCUUCCGCCAACACCUUUCCGACUCCGCCCGUCCUCUCCAAGGCAUAGUGUUGCUUCAGGGAGGUGAUGAACGGACGCGCUACGAUACGGACCAUCUCGAACUCUUCAGGCAAGAGAGUUAUUUUGCUUAUCUGUUUGGAGUCAUAGAGCCUGGAUUUUAUGGUGCUAUUGACAUUGCUAGUGGAAAGUCAAUUCUGUUUGCCCCCAAGCUACCUCCUGACUAUGCUGUCUGGUCGGGAGAAAUAAAGCCUUUGUCAUAUUUCAAGGAAAAAUAUGAUGUCAGUAUGGCAUAUCAUACCGAUGAAAUUGCAGCUGUUUUGCACAAACUAUACCCAGAAUUGGAGAAACCGUUACUAUUCCUCUUACAUGGGUUGAAUACUGAUAGCAAGAAUUAUGCAGUACCAGCAAAUUUUGAGGGGAUCGAUACAUUUGUAACUGAUUUGAAUACCUUGCAUCCUAUUUUGACUGAAUGUCGUGUCUUGAAAUCGGAACUGGAGCUUGCUCUUAUUCAAUUUGCCAAUGAUGUUAGCUCAGAAGCUCAUGUUCAGGUUAUGAGAAAUAUCAAGGUGGGCAUGAAAGAAUAUCAACUGGAAAGCUUAUUUCUUCACCACACUUACAUGUAUGGUGGAUGUAGGCACUGCUCGUACACCUGCAUUUGUGCCACUGGAGAUAAUAGUGCCGUUCUUCACUAUGGACAUGCAGCAGCUCCAAAUGACAGAACUUUGGAAGAUGGUGAUAUUGCUUUGUUUGAUAUGGGAGCAGAAUACCAAUUUUAUGGAUCUGACAUUACUUGUUCAUUCCCUGUGAAUGGUAAAUUUACAAGUGACCAGUCGCUGAUAUAUAAUGCUGUCCUCAAGGCUCAUGAUGCUGUUAUAUCAGUUAUGAAACCUGGAAUAAACUGGGUUGAAAUGCACAAAUUAGCCGAGAAGAUUAUUCUUGAGUCAUUGACUGAGGGUUCUGUGCUCGUUGGAGAUGUAAUGGACAUGAUGGCUGAGCGUCUCGGGGCUGUUUUCAUGCCACAUGGUUUGGGACAUUUCCUUGGUAUCGAUACUCAUGAUCCUGGAGGUUUCUUGCAGGGUUUGGAAAGGCCGGAAGGACCGGGGCUAAGUUCUUUACGCACAGUUCGAGAUCUUAAAGAAGGAAUGGUCAUCACUGUAGAGCCUGGAUGCUACUUCAUUGAUGCAUUACUAGACCCGGCCAUGGAGAAUAGUAAAACCUCCAAAUUUUUCAACGUAGAAGCAGUCAACAGAUUUAGAGGUUUCGGCGGUGUUCGAAUUGAAAGUGAUUUGCUAGUCACAGCCAAUGGCUGCAGAAACAUGACCAAUUGUCCUCGAGAAACAUGGGAAAUAGAGGCAGUUAUGGCAGGAUCCCCAUGGCCGAUUGUAAAAAAAUCCAUCCCGACCUAGUAGAUUCGUCAAUUGUCUACGAUAAUUUAAGAGUGUUGUAUCGGAAAAUGUCGAUAUAUAUCUCUGCACACUUGAAUUAGUUUAGUCGUUCUCCUCGUCUAGUUUCUAAAAUAAAUUGUCCUGAAUUUGAAUCUAAAUAAAGGACAUUUGACUCUA